UGAUGAUGAUGAUGAUGAUGAUGUUUACUGACAGUUCACAUCUCAAGUCAUUUUUCUGUGUUUGAAGGGUUGAUGAUGAUGAUGAUUGUGAUGAACUCCACUCCUACGUCCUAUUUCAUUCUUUCUGCCUACAUUGACAUUGGACUCCUCAAAUAUGUGGUCUUUGUGUUCCUCCUGUGUUUUUACAUUCUGUCUAUGUUUUCCAACCUGCUGUUGAUUGUUGUCAUCUGUAUGAACAGGAGUCUACAUGAACCUAUGUACCUGUUCCUGUGCAGCCUGUUUGUUAAUGAACUGUAUGGAGCCACAGCUUUGUUUCCACUCUUACUGACCCAGGUUCUCUCUGAUGUUCACAUCCUUCCACGUCCUCUGUGUUUCCUGCAGCUUUAUUGUUUGCACACUUAUGGCUCUAUUGAAUAUGUUCUCCUAGGGGUGCUGUCCUAUGACCGCUACCUUGCUAUCUGCUGCCCCCUACAGUAUAACUCCCGGAUGACGGCCUCCACGAUUUCCAGGCUGGUGGCUGCAGCCUAUUCCUGGGGCACGAUCACUUGCAUCAUCAUGAUCUGUCUGUCUUCAAGCCUGAAACUGUGUGGAAAUGUCAUCCAAAAAGUUUACUGUGACAACUACUCGGUGGUCAGGCUGGCCUGCUCUGAAACGAACAUCAUCAACAUCUACGGCCUCAUCAUCACCUUCUUCAACAUCCUGUUUCCUCUGGUUCUCAUCCUGUUUUCCUACAUAAAGAUACUGCUAAUCUGUUUGUCAGGCUGUAAACAGUCUCGUAAGAAGGUGUACAGCACCUGCAUGCCUCACUUGGUCUCACUGAUCAACUACUCCUUUGGAGUCAGCUUUGAGAUCGUACAGAGCAGGUUCAACAUGACCACCAUGCCCAUCACGUUCAGGAUCUUCAUGUCACUCUACUGGCUCACCAUCCAGCUGCUCCUGAACCCACUCAUGUAUGGGUUCUACCUGAGUAAAAUACGCCUCAUAUUACAAAACCUGCCCCUCCCCAGGCUGUAGGUCACGAUCUUUGUUAUCAAAAUGUGCACGUCAAACGGGCAGUGGUGGCUUGGUGGUUAAGGAAGCGGACUUGGGUCCGGAGGGUUUCAGGUUCAACUGCCAAGUUGCCACUGAGGUGCUCUGAGCAUGGCACUGCUCCCCAUGCACUUAAUCUGCCCACUGUUCACUUUGGUGAUGGGUUAAAAGCAGAGGACAGAUUUAGUGGUGUGCUGUGUAGUUCACUUUCUUUCCAUCUUCUGAAGAGCUCCAUUUUCUCUACAUUGUUUUUUAAAUAUGUUUUUUAUAUCUAGAGUGUGAAUUUGAAGUUUGUGAUGGUUUGUGAUAGAUUAUGUACAGUCAGGGAGUUGUAUUUUGUUACUGUUUCCACUUGUAAACAAAAACCUGGCCGUCCUCCAGAGUGUCCGAGUGUCCACACAGAGUCUCCCAGCAGGUGACGCUGUAGAGCAGGAGAAGGUCCACUGGGGCUCAUUACUGUGUCAAAAACACACAGUGUGUGCUGUAAUGUGUAUAGAUAAACAAAAGAUCAAACUAUAUAUUAAAGUGUUUAAUUGCGGUCACUUUUCUUUAAAUGCAACUUAAUUAAAAAAAGUCACAGAUUGUUUUUUUAUAUUUGUAAUGUUAUUUUAUGACCUCCAGUUUUUUAUGAAUUAGAUUAAGAAAUAAAUAAAACCCUACACACGAAACAACUUAUUUUUUAAAUCAAAUUAAAAAAAGAAACUUUAUAUACACACUGGACAGAAAGUCAUCAGCCUCAAAAAUCAAAUUCAAACUUUGAGGCCUCUUGUCUGUCUGUGUGCCAGUAAUAUUUUUUCUGAUGUAAGAAAACGUUCCCAUUUGUUUUCAUUUGGUUACUGUGGUGAUCCUAAUGGCUAUUUCUAACUCCAUCUCCAGAGUGUCUUGGUGUCCAGGCAGACCAUGUCCUCAGGGGGAGAUGGUGGGAGUCUGGGAUAGGCAGUGCUGCAGUGGGGCUCAUUACUGUGACAUGAUGAAACAAACACACUCUAUGCUAACAUGUAACAUUUAUGGCCUUACAAUUUCAAAUUUAAAUCUGGCAUUGAGGCUACAUCAAACUAGUGCUAAUUCAGAUACUAACCAAUGUAAAUCUUGCAACUCAAACUGACUCAAACCAUGGGAACAAAUUGAAAAAGUGCUGAGAACCUCUAUUUGUUCUAACAUGUUUUUCACAAAACAGAACAUAGAGAGUAACCAAUCACAUUUACUCAUGUCACUUUAAUCGAGUCGUUUUUGUUAGUAAUUUGUAAUCUUUAAGUAGUUUUGGGAAUAGGUCAUUUUACUUUUUCGUAAGUACAUUUUAACUCAAGUAUUUUACUAUGCUGCAUUUGAAAAGAACCUGUUACUGAGAAGAACAUUUAAAAGCGGAGUAAAUCUAUCUGCUUUAACUGAUAAAAAAUUGUGUGGGCGAGCGCGUGCGGAUUUUCCACUAUAUUAAUGUAGUCAGAGAACCUCGACCAAGAGAUGGAUUCUAGCCUGUCGUUGGAUGAUGGCCGGUGACAAGCAGACGACUCAGAAAGAGAAGGAACUCCUUGGUCAUAUCUCAGCUAGCUCUGUUUUCAAAUGUAAACCAGGCAAUAACUUUAUCAUACGUAUAUAAGUCUUUUUUUUACUUUUACUUGAGUAUAUUUUUAAGUGUAUACUUUUAUUUUUACUUGAGUAAAAUUUAAGCAAUGUAAAGAUACUCUGACAUAAUUAAAUUUUUUAGUACUUUUUUUUUACACUUUUGCCAAAACAGCACUCACACAUACUCUCUGUCUCUCUCUCUCUCUCUCUCUCUCUCUCUCUCUCUCUCACACACACACACACACACACACAUUCUGUUUCCGCACUCGGGCAUGUCAACGAUUUAAAAUGUGGUGUAAUUGUAAGGGAUUUACCACCAUCUAGUGGACACAAUGUGGAAGUUC